AUGGUUUCCAUAGAACUCGUGCGACAAUCCAACGCCCAUCUGGGCAGUCUCCCCAAAGGCCUCGUUGCCCUCUUCAUCGGCGCAACAUCAGGUAUCGGCCAGAGCGCCCUCCAAAACCUUGCAAAACUUCCCUCACCACGCAUAUACACUGUCGCUCGUCCGCAGUCAGUCGCGUCUCACGAGCAACUCCUCAACGAACUGAAGCAGAGCAAUCCCAGCGGGACUUACACCCUCAUUAACGCCGAUGUCUCCCUCAUCUCCGAAGUUGACAAGGUGGUUGAAUUCGUCACCAAGAAGGAGACCAAGCUAGACUUUCUCAUCAUGUCCGCCGGAUUCAUGGCGUUCGAGGGCCGUUUCAACACUCGCGAGGGCUUGGAUCCUUCCAUGACGACACGGUACUAUUCUCGUAUGCGCGCUGCGUCGGGACUGCUUCCUCUUCUGAACGAGGCCAAGAGCCCUCGCGUUGUCUCGAUCCUGGCUGGAGGACUUGAAGGGUCCAUCAAGGAGGAUGACUUGGAUCUGCGCAAGCCUGGAAAUUGGGCCACCUGGCCUGCAUCAGUGCAAGGGGCUACGAUGGGGACGUUGUCUCUGGAGAUAAUGGCACAGGAGAACCCAAAGGUCAGCUUCGUGCACUGGUAUCCUGGCCCUGUGUCGACGCCCGGUCUGGCGAGGGCCAAGACGUUUGGCAUGUCACCGCCAAGUGAGAUGAGCCAGGAUGAAUCCGGUGAGAGGGCUGCCUUCUUGGCGACUAGCGAUCGUUACGCUGUCGAGGACGGGGGAAGUUUGAUACCCAUUGUCGACGGCCUCGAGACCUCUACGAAGUCUGGCGGAGGUGUCUUUCUCAUCGAUCCUAAGGGUAAUAGCACCGACAACGAGGGUGUCUUAGCUGACUUUAGACGGAGAGACGUGGGCCAAAAGGUCUGGGAGCAUACGCAGAAGAUCUUUGCCGAAUGCCUCGCCUGA